AUGAGUCUCCUUCGACUGCCCCGGUCCUACGGGGCACGGAGCCUGCUUCGACCUUGUAUACGAGCUUUCCAUGCCACCCGAGCACCAGCUAUCGCAUUUUCAAAACCCAUUCGUGCCGUUGCUGCGCCGGCAGUCGGUUCUUAUGUACCCAAGGACGGUGAACAUGUUAUCAAUUCACCCUCAGAACUCGCCAGAAAAAUAUCUGCGAAGGUGCUCCCAAAGAUUCCCCGCCCUGACGUUCGACGAGUUGUCGUCGUUGGCAGUGGAGGUCUGAGCAUUGGGCAAGCCGGUGAAUUCGAUUAUUCGGGUUCGCAGGCCCUGAAAGCUCUCCAUGAGGAAGGCGUAGAGGCUAUCCUCAUUAAUCCUAAUAUCGCAACAUGGCAAACUUCACACCAGCUGGCCUCAGAAGUCUACUUCUUGCCUAUUACUGCAGAUUAUGUUGCAUACGUCUUGGAGAAGGAAAGGCCCGAUGGCAUCCUUCUUACUUUCGGUGGACAGAGUGCCCUCAAUGUCGGUAUCGCACUUGACAAGAUGGGCGUUCUUGAACGGCUGGGUGUUAAGGUUUUGGGCACACCUAUCAGGACUCUUGAGGUUUCUGAAGAUCGUGAACUUUUCGUCGAGGCUCUAAAAGAAAUCGGUGUAUCCGUCGCGCAAUCUACGGCUGUAUCUACGGUUAACGCUGCUCUCGAUGCUGCUGCGGUAAUUGGAUACCCAGUCAUCUUACGUUCAGCUUUCACCCUUGGAGGUCUUGGAUCUGGUUUCGCAAAUAAUCCGGAUGAACUUCGUGAUCUAUCGGCCAAGAGUUUGAGUUUGAGCCCACAGGUACUCAUCGAACGUAGCAUGAAAGGCUGGAAAGAGCUCGAAUACGAAGUUGUCCGAGAUGCUGCAGACAACACGAUCAUUUGUUGCAAUAUGGAAAAUUUCGACCCCCUUGGCACACAUACCGGAGACUCCAUCGUCGUCGCACCGUCCCAAACAUUGCCUGAUGAAGAGUACCAUAUGCUUCGAAGCGUUGCUCUCAAAGUCAUUCGUCAUCUUGGGGUCGUGGGCGAAUGCAACAUUCAAUAUGCACUGAACCCGAAUUCUAUGGAGUACUGUGUUAUUGAAGUCAACGCUCGUGCUCUGGCUUCGAAGGCUACUGGAUACCCAUUGGCUUACACCGCUGCGAAGAUUGCCCUUGGACACACUCUCCCUGAACUACCUAACGCCGUCACCAAGACCACCACUGCUUGCUUCGAACCUUCUCUGGAUUACAUCGUGACCAAGAUCCCCAAAUGGGAUCUUGCCAAGUUCUCGUCGCAAGUUAACAGAGAAGUUGGCUCUUCCAUGAAAUCUGUCGGUGAAGUUAUGGCUAUCGGACGUACAUUCGAGGAAAGUUUGCAGAAGGCCAUUCGCCAGGUCGACCCCAACUGGACAGGUUUCGAGGUUGUUAUCACACCUGAAGACCUUGACAGGGCCCUUACCAAGCCAACCGACAUGCGUCUGUUUGCCAUUGCGUAUGCCAUGUACAGGAAGGGAUACACCGUUGACCAUCUCCACGAUUUGACAAAGAUUGAUAAGUGGUACUUGUACAAGAUCGAUAACAUUGUUCAGACCCGUCAUGCUUUGACUGCUGCGGGAACCAUCGAAAAUAUUGAUCACGAAUUGAUGAUCCGCGCAAAGAAAAUGGGCUUCGCUGACUCCCAGAUUGCUGCCUGUGUUGGUACUACCGAAGAUAUUGUUCGCGCUCACCGAAAAUCUCUUGGAAUCACUCCCUUCGUCAAGCGUAUCGAUACCCUCGCCGCUGAAUAUCCAGCUCAUACCAACUACCUCUAUACCACAUAUAAUGCUUCGGAGCACGAUGUUGACUUUGAGGAGCAUGGAACCAUGGUUCUUGGAAGUGGUGUAUAUCGUAUUGGAAGUAGUGUCGAGUUCGAUUGGUGCGCUGUUACGUGUGCUCGCAAACUCCGUGAUAUGGGCAAGAGGACCAUCAUGAUUAAUUACAAUCCCGAGACCGUGUCCACUGACUUCGACGAAGCCGACCGACUUUACUUUGAAGAGCUUGGUUAUGAACGUGUCAUGGACAUUUACGAAUUGGAACAAGCACAAGGUGUUAUCGUCAGCGUCGGUGGGCAACUCCCACAGAACAUUGCGUUACGCCUCAAGAACAAUGGUGUUAAUGUGUUGGGAACCGACCCUAAGCAAAUUGACACUGCAGAAGAUCGCCAUAAAUUUUCUUCUGUUCUCGAUAAGAUUGGUGUAGACCAGCCCGAGUGGACUGAGGCCACCUCAUUGGAAGCUGCAAAAGCCUUCGCUAACAAGGUUUCGUAUCCUGUCCUAAUCCGCCCAUCGUAUGUUCUUUCCGGCGCUGCUAUGAAUGUCGUUUAUGAGGAAUCUGCACUUGAGUAUAACCUUUCCGCUGCCGCAAAUGUGUCACCUCUGCAUCCUGUUGUCAUCACCAAGUUCAUCGAUGGUGCUCAAGAAAUUGACAUUGACGCCGUUGGUCAUCAAGGCAAACUCAUUGUUCACGCCGUUUCUGAACACGUCGAGAACGCUGGUGUUCACUCUGGUGAUGCCACUUUGGUCCUUCCUCCUUACACACUGCCAGAAGUGGACAUGGCACGUCUCAAGACCAUUGCGGAGAAGGUUGCUGCUGCCUUUGAGAUAUCUGGUCCCUUUAAUAUGCAGAUCAUUAGGAAGGAAUCGGAUGUUCCAAACGAGGAGUCCACUUUGAAAGUCAUUGAAUGUAACCUGCGAGCAUCGCGAUCCUUCCCCUUCGUGUCAAAGGUUCUCGGCCACAACUUCAUUGACACUGCAACUGCUGCAAUCGUCGGCCAAGGUGUGCUUGCCCCAAUCGAUAUCAUGAAGGAGCCCCGCGAUUACACCUCCAUUAAGGUCGCUCAAUUCUCCUGGACUCGUCUUGGUGGUGCCGAUCCUUUCCUUGGAGUUGAGAUGGCCAGCACAGGAGAGGUCGCUUGCUUUGGAAAGGACGUUCAUGAAGCUUAUUGGGCAUCUCUGCUCAGCACCACUGGAUUCAAACCCCCUAAGCUUGGUUCUGGUGUCCUCAUCGGCGGAGAUACCUCAAAGCCCGAGAUGGCUACUAUCUCCAAACAACUCGUUGAACUUGGAUUCAAGUUGUAUUGCUCAUCACCCAUCGUGGAAGAGUUCUUGAACGACAUUCCUUACGUCACCGCGAAGCGUAUCUUCUUCCCCAAGACUGACAAGCGCAAGUUGCGCGAGGUGUUUGACGAGUAUGACAUUCAAUGUGUCAUCAACUUGGCUAAAUCCCGAGGUACCGAUUUCGUUGAUGAGGACUACGUCGCUCGCAGGAACGCCGUUGACUUCGGUCUGCCUUUAUUGAACAACGCGAAAACCGCACAGCUAUUUGUAGAAUCUUUAGCUAAGAAGAUUCCACAAGGAGGAUUGCGUGGAUACACAGAAGGCCACAUUCCUUCAGAAGUUCGGUCAUGGCGAGAAUUCGUUGGAAAGCGAGCUUGA